UAAAAAAUUGCAAACAACCACAAUCAAUAUGGAUUUGUAUUUCUUUGUACUGACAUGUCUUUUGGUAUUACAAAUGUCACUGGUCAGUGCCUUCCUCAACCCAGCCAAUGAUGUCCGUAAGAUUACAAAAUGUAUUAAUAAAACUGUCAGAAAAUAUAAAAAUUAUUACUUGACUGCGAUGCUCCUUUACUUUGUAGUGGUCAUUUACCUUGGUAUGUACACUCCAUUAAUGAGUACACUAAAACUUAUAUUCGGCGGACAACAGGAUAAAUAUGAAAAAUUGAUUAUUGUCAGCAACAUGGAAAAAAUAUAUAUCAUGGGUGGAUUUUCUCUCUUCUUGUUCGUCGUGGCCUGCGGCGUCAGAAGUUUAAUUUCUUAUACUGCAAAGCUUCUAGAAUCAUCGGAGUACUCAAUAACAAAAAUAUCAAAUUUAUAUGGACCGAAAAAUAAAGGUUUUACACUCGAUAAUGCCAACAUACUGCCACAUCUGCUUCGAAUGACCAGAUCGACCUCAUCUAUUGGAGUGAAUAAAAUUUUAAAAGACCAAUUGAAGACGGUUAUCAAGAAUAUUGAGGUGAUUAAAAAUGACAGUAAAACUGAAUCAAGUGUAUAUGAUGAUCACUACCAAGCAACAAGGGCUUAAAGUUUUGUUAUUCAUCAAGUUUUAUUACUCAGUCCCGUUUUAUUUACGGCAGUCAUAGGGAACUAUUGCCUUACACGCAGGAAACGUUGCCAAGUAUUUGAGAAUUCUUUGGAAUUACGAUGGGUUGCGAGGCAAAAGGAAAUAUUCGGAAAGACAGGACCAUAAAAAUAAAAUGCUACGCUACAAAGGGGAAAAGAAACAUACCAAAUUGGAAUGUAUGUUAUUUCG